GUUGGUGGCAAAACGCCGGCGAUCUGAACUAGGACAAGACUGAUAUAUACAACAAGGUGACGCACGAUCGGAAUCUAGUUUCGGUGGCUCUCGGAAUCUCGUGGGGACCAGAUGGCAUUGACGUCAAGUUAGGCCAUCGCAGGCUCUAUUGUCGCUUCUUUCAUGAACGGCGGCAGGAAGCAAAAUUAAGAUACAAGAAAGCGGCUGCCGUCCAUUGUUUUCCGAUCAAUCCACAGAUUCCACAGGCCAGGAGAAUGCUCUCCUAUAAAUAAACGACCCACAACUCCAACCUCCUCCUUCAGGCAAAGCCUCGGUUGUCGGCAGUCUGCUAUGUCGAUGGAAGACCCAAAGCCCCCUCAUGUAGUUCUCUUCCCCUUCCUGGCCCAGGGCCAUUUUGCCCCCUUCCUCGCCCUCGCCGAGCUCAUCCACCGCCGGUACACCACCUGCACCCUCACCCUCGUCAGCACCCCUCUCAACGUCCAAAACCUCCGAUCCUCCAUCCCCCCCACCUCCCCCAUCCGCCUUCGAGCCCUCCCCUUCUCCCCUUCCGCGCACGGCCUCCCUUCCAACGCCGAGUCCACCGCCGACAUCCCCUUCCACCUCUUCAUCAAUCUCUUCCAAGCCUCCGAGGCCCUCCAGCCCGCCUUCGAUCAGCUCAUCGCCGACAUCAUCCAAGAGGAAGGCCGUCCUUCUCUCUGCAUCAUCGCUGAUCAUUUCCUGGGUUGGACGGUGCACGUUGCGCGGAGGCACGGGGUCUUUCACUCCAUCUUCGUGACUAGCGGAGCCUAUGGCACCGCCGUCUACUUCUCUCUCUGGACUCACCUCCCGCACACCCUCACCACCUCCGACGAGUUCUCGCUUCCCGAAUUCCCCGACACCCGGAUCCACCGCUCGCAGCUCCCUAAGCACUUACUCGUCGCCGAUGGUGGCGACUCGUGGUCCGUCUUUCUUCAGCGCCAGAUAUCGCUUUGCUCCGAGACCGACGCCGUGCUGGCAAACACGGUGGAGGAGUUCGAGACCGCUGGCUUGCGGAUGCUGAGGAGAAUCAUCGGAGUUCCCGUCCGGCCCAUCGGCCCGUUGCUUCGUCCACCAGCUUCUCCCUCCUCCUCGACGGCCGACAAGAAUUUUAUCAUGCAAUGGUUGGAUCUGCAACCGCCAAGAUCGGUUCUGUACAUCUCAUUUGGCUCCCAGAACACCGUCGCGGCAUCCCAAAUGAUGGAGCUGGCGAUGGGGCUGGAGGCAAGCGGGAGGCCUUUCAUUUGGGCUAUCAGACCUCCGGCCGGGUUCGACGUAAGGAGCGAAUUCAGGUCGGACUGGCUGCCGGAGGCUUUCGAGGAGAGAAUGGGAGAAAGGAAGGUAGGGAUGUUGGUGCAUGGAUGGGCACCUCAACUGGAGAUCUUAUCGCACCGAUCGACGGGGGCUUUUCUCAGCCACUGCGGCUGGAAUUCGGUGCUCGAGAGCUUGAGCCGGGGCGUGCCGAUCGUCGGGUGGCCCCUCACGGCGGACCAGCUGUACAAUUCGAAGAUGCUGGCGGAGAUGGUGGGGGUGUCCGUGGAGGUGGCGAGGACGAACAUGGAGUGCGCGAGGGUGGAGAGAGUGGAGGUGGCGAGGAUGGUGGAGAUGGUGAUGGGUGAGACGGCGAAGGGGAGGGAGAUGCGGAGGAGGGCGGAGGAGAUAAGGGAGAUGAUGAUGGGAGCGUGGAGGGAGGGAGUGGGGUCGUCGGUCCGGGGAUUGGAGGAGUUCUUCCGGGCUGUGGGUUCAAUGAGAAAGGCAUCUUGAGUGCGAAUUUUCACGUUUGACGGAAUGGAUGCCAAAUUAUAAGGAGCUAGAGUUCUGUUCUGUUGGAAGUCUUCGACCUUCGGUGAAACGAAGUAUGGAGUUGCUGGAGCAACUGUUUGUGUAAAUGCUCCAGAGAGCGUUGAGGAAAGCUUGGCUGAAUAUUAUUACAUGGUUCCACUGGUAAAUGGUAAUGGUCUGACCAUGAUUGUUCUCGGCGAUAAAAUAAGUAUCUGGUUGCAUCUCUAAUAUUUACUUCUAUUGUUAAGAA